UCUUUCGAAAUACGUCAAUAUUUUACUCAGUCCUUUAUUGUUAUUCAUUGAUUAUUUAAUUUCGAUUUGGUUUUAUUUAGACUACUUCAACCGUAUCACUCUAAAUUACAUUAUGAGUUUUGAAACUGCUGCUACCAAUGGGAACGAUAAACCUGAACGCAAAUACUAUGAUCGUACAAAAUCAGACGACUUGCAAAUAUCGAGAACGGAUAUGAAUAUGUUGAUUAUGAAUUAUUUGGUUACAGAGGGUUUCAAAGAAGCUGCAUUAAAAUUUCAACAAGAGGCAGGUUUACAGGAGCCUGCACUGUGUAGCUCUUUAGAUGAAAGAAUAAUGAUCAGAGAAGCAGUACAAGGUGGGCGUAUUUCUGAAGCCAUUGCCAUGGUCAAUGCUUUACAUCCAGAGCUACUGGAUAACGAUCGAUAUCUUUAUUUUCACUUACAGCAACUUCAAUUAUUAGAACUAAUAAGAGCUGGUCGGGCUGAAGAAGCUUUAGCCUUCGCUAGUGCCACACUUGCUGAGGCUGGAGCAAAUGACCGCAAUGCUCUCACUGAACUCGAGAGGUCACUGGCCCUUUUGGCCUUUCCUGAUCCACAUGCAUCUCCCUUUGCAGACCUUCUGCUUCCUUCUCAUAGUCAAAAAAUUGCAAGUGAACUAAAUGCAGCAAUAUUAAAAAUGGAAAAUCAAGAAUACACAAACCCAAAACUCUGCAGUCUUUUAAGAAUGAUUCUUUGGUCUCAAAGCGAGCUUGAUAAACACAAUGUAAAAUAUCCAAAAAUGACAGACCUUGCUAAUGCAACUAUAGAGCAGCCAAAAUGAGGCAUUAAAUAAUAAGUUUUGGGUAUAGCUAAUAAGAUUUUAAUAGUAAGAUCACCGAGAGUAAACUUAUACAUGAAGUUGUAUGUCAUAACAUUUAAUGUAAUAAUAAAAAGAUCACAAUAAUUUUAAA